UUAGUCAAAGCACGCUACCGUAUUACGGAGACGAUGGGCGCCGACGACGGCGAUCUCCAGGCGGCGGCGAAGGUGGCGACGCCGGCAUGUGGUUCGACAGUAUUGGCGCCGCACGACGCCGUCGACGACGACGUAGGCGAGAUCAUUGUCCCCGCGCCCGCGGCCUCGCUGCCGCUGGAGACGAGGUGGCCGCCGUUCCCGCUCCGCCAGCUGGGCGGCUUCUGGAUGCCGGAGUCCCUCCUGCCGACCGUCGAGGCCCUCCGCGCCGGCUUCGUGCCGAGGCCCAACGACGUGCUGCUCGCCAGCUUCCCCAAGUCCGGCACCAGCUGGCUCAAGGCGCUCGCCUUCGCGGCCGCGAACCGCGCGGCGCACCCGCCCUCCGGCGCCGACCACCCGCUCCGCCGUCGCAACCCCCACGACUGCGUCGAGUUCUUCGAGAUGAGCCCCGAGCAUCCUGCCAGCGGUGGCGGCGGCGGCGGCGACGUCACCGUGGACGACGCGUUAGAGGACGCGUCGCCGCCGCGCGUGCUCGCCACCCACCUGCCACACUCCAUGCUUCCCGAGCGCAUCACCCACGACGACGACGCCGGGUGCCGGAUCAUCUACAUCUGCAGGGACCCCAAGGACACGCUGGUCUCCUUCUGGUUCUUCUCCAAGAAGAUGGCGGCGACCAUGGGGGUUGACCCAGGGCCGUCGUUCACGUUCGAGGAGGCCUUCGAGCUCUUCUGCGGCGGCAACUGCACCGGCGGCCCGCAGUGGCGCCACGUCUUCGAGUACUGGGAGGCGAGCCGGAGGAGCCCCGGCAAGGUGCUGUUCCUCAGGUACGAGGAGAUGCUGCGGUCGCCGGCGAGCAACCUGAGGAGGAUGGCGGAGUUCAUGGGGUGCCCGUUCACCGCGGAGGAGGAGGAAUCCGGUGUGGCGGACGCCAUCGUCAGGCUCUGCAGCCUCGAUGAGCUGAGGAACCUGGAGGUGAACAGGAGCGGCACCGACGCUCUGGGGCUGAAGAACGAAGCCUACUUCAGGAAAGGGGUCGCCGGCGACUGGCGCAACCAUAUGACGCCGGAGAUGGCGGCGAGGCUGGACAAGAUCGUCGACGAUGCCACACGUGGCUCUGGGUUAAGCCUCACUAACUCCGUGUAUGCAUCAAAUUAGAUGUCUUAAGUAAUCCCUCCGUCUCCUAUUACAAAUCACCUUUUAAAGAAUACCUCGUACGUCUAUCUGGUUGUCUCCCGUAUUUAAUAUAUUAUUUUUAUAUUUUGUAUUUAUUUCAUGUAACCAAUACACGAAGUUUUUCAGUAAAACAGAUCAUAUGCAUCUUAGGAGCACAUACAUAAGCAGUAUAAAAAUAAGAAGAGACGAGAACUAAGUUUUUUUUUAAGUUAAUGAUAUCAAUUACGAUGAUUAAACCAACAUAAAUGCAUAUAGACAAACGCUGUCUCAUUAUUAUACACGCCCUUAGGGAGAGAAAAUAAUCGGAUUGUAAGGUGCUCAAAACCGCUUCCAAUCUGGUUCAUGGAGGUUGGAGGAAACUUUCCACCUAAAUUGGCAGCCUUGCAAGGAGUAGAUUCAAAACAUAGUUAGUUCAGUUAAUUAAGCACUUAGGCUAGCAUGGACUCCUGAAGAAUCAUUCGAACAUUUAAUCUUAGCACCUCCUUAACUUGACACUGAGAAAAAGUUUAUUUUUUAAGCUCAUGUGUAAGCUCUGCGUGGGAGAUGCUCUAAGUUUGUCGUAAGUAAUUAUU